AUCAACGGAGGGAAGAGACGGAAAGGGAAUAAAAGAAAGAGAAGAAAAAAAGUAUUGAAAGCCAAAUGGGACAAAGAACAAUGUCAGACCAGCCGGCCGACCAGGCAGCACAGAUCGGAAAUUAUCAGCAAGGGAUACCAGCGAUGCAACAACCGAAAAGUGUGGCUUUUCCGUUCUGGGCCGGCAGGCAUCAUGCUGAAACUGGCCCAGAGCAGCAGCUAUCCCCAGGGUCUGCUAUCGGCCUCACUCCAAACCACAAUCGUCCUACUCACCUUACCUACUUAGGCAGUAGGUCUCCCACUGGCAGUGGCCAUGAUACCUUCAUCCGUUGCUAUUGGACGUACUUCUGGGCUAUCUUUCUUGGGAGAAACAACGAGGACAACGCCCCCAACGCCACGAUAUUCUCGGUGGCUCUACGAUGCGGCUAUUCUACCGAUUCGAUUGCUGGAUGACAGCCAGCCGUAAACUCAAAGGGAGCGAUUCAUCAAGCCUCUAUCAGCUGUUUUGAGUGAUAUUGACGCCUCUGUUCACUCCACGUGGCGGCUUCAAGAAAUUCAUCUGGAUCGCGGUCUGUAAUGCUCCAUCAGUGAUGGGUCCCCGACAAGGGACCAGCGGGAUUCACUCGUCGUCCCGUUCCCCCUCCUUCCGCCCGUCCACGGCAAUAUUAAUUAUUAAUAUGAUACCAUGGCAGUCAUGGCCAUCGGUGCCAAUUAAGCUCAUGACGAUCAGUUGAUUUCUCUAAGGCUGGAGCCAAGAGACUGACGCCAAUGU